CAGUCUUCAUCUCAUCGUCGUCGCGUUCGUGCGUGUGAAGAAAAGUCAUCUUCAGUUCGGUUUUCGUUUGUGGUGAAUAGUGAAAAUCAUUAUCAGACACCGGUUGGAAAAUUGAAGAUUUGUACGGCUAUCUUACGCCCAAGACUGCGUCAAGCCCAUUGAUAAGUGUUAUUGAAAGGAUUCCUCAGCUAGCGAGUGUGAAAGUAACCUGUUCAAUCAUGUGCAAAUUGUGGAAAAUCAUCAGUGAAAAAUCAAAUGUCACCCAAAGAUGCUAACAGCCACAUUUGAGCUCGAGCAGGAGGAUGUAAGUCCAAACAAUAUUUUGGAGCCACAGCAGCAGCAGAAGCAGCUAAAAGAAAAAUCCGACCUAACAACAUCGGUUAAGCAGCAGCAACAACAACGAGAGGAGAGUAAUCGAGUAACGACAAACCACGGCGCCGAUUCCGAGCGAAGACGGACCGCCGAGAAUCGGAAGUCGCUGUUCUUAUCGCCCCUCGGCUGUGGAUGGGGUUUCAACCGGCAGCGGCAGCAGCAACCGGAACAACGUUCCCCACCGGUUCGACAAUUUCCAUUGAUUAAACUAAAACGGCGUUACAAGGACAAAGAAAACAGUGUCAGAAGUCAGAAGGAGGAACCGUUGGAAAGCAGUAGCAAAUCAGAACGUGAAGAGGUUCCGACGAAGAAGAGAUCCUUGUUGGAACAAGUAGAGGCAGAUAUCCAGAGACGGUUGAAGGCGAGUAUCAGCGAGGAGAAGUCACGGAAGCGGAAGUUUGGCUGCCUGAGUUUGGUGGCUAUCGGGCAAUCCGAAAGCAAGAAAAAGAAGAAACAAGAGGUGGAGAGUGUUGUGCAGGUGGAGAAACCGGUGGUUGAAGAGGAACCACAGGAAGUGAUCAGUCAAGGUUCGAGCGGAAGUCUUUCCGUGAAAAGCAGACUCUCGUCGUCGCAGCAACAAAUCGACUGGGAUCAGGCGGAGGAAAUAAGCAUUGACUCUUCAACGGAGGACGGACCAGAGGAACCAGUCAAAUCCGUCUUCGAUUUCGACUCAUUGUUCGAAGAUACCAAGGUUAAACCUCCUCCGAUCAGGACCUACAGUGGUUGUUCCAGUUCGAGACUUUCUCUGUCGAAGAACUUUCUUCAGCAGCAACAACAACAGCAGCAGCAAGUGUUGAAUGUGCCUCAAACAGCAAUCGUAGCACAGGAGGAAGCGUCCCGAACAGACAAACUCGCCGGAGGAGGUGGUGGUGAGGACGACAUGUCCAUUCACCAUCAACAGCGCUUUAAUCUACUGUCGUUGUACAACAGUGUGAGCAGCACUAGUAGUAGCGUCAACUAUCAGCAGGAUUUUGUGCCGGCCUCCUCGUACCUACUGCUGGCGGAGGAGUCCCAAACAAUGUCCGCUCAUCCCCACUACACCCGUAGUAAGGUCAACUCAAUGCAGAGCAGUCGCCUGACGCUGAACUCUGCCACCGAUAUGGCCAUUACGGCGUCAAUGAAUGAACUCCCUAGAAGUAAGGUAAGCAGUUUGCAAGGCCGGGUGGACACGGGAACCGCAACGGAACUGGCUAUCGCCCAAUCGUUGAGCGAAGACCAACAGAACCUGCUGAACUCGGUUGCCGCGCCGGCAACUCCGGCCAGUAUAGCCGCUGCUGCCAACAUGAACAACUCGUUGGCCACCUUGUGCAACAUUGGUAACUCGUGUUACCUCAACUCGGUGCUGUACACGUUACGCUUUGCGCCGAACUUUAUCCACAAUCUGCACCAUUUGAUUGUAGACACGGACAGUGUCUACCAGAGGCUAAACCAAAACAAGCUGAAAUCCUCAUCCCUCGGACGGAACAUUCCCGGGCUGCACAACCCUAGUGGACGCAGUUGGAGCAGUAAGGAUCUGGCAUCGCUCGGAAGCUCCACAACCACCACCAACUCCUCAUCGUCAACCGGUUCCGGAACGACCACGGUCGGGGUCAAUGGAACCGGCAGUGGCGGUGGUGGCGUCAGUGGCAUCACGCUGCUCUCCCGGGAGGAAAACUUUCCGCCGAAAAGCAAUCGCCAGGUGGUGACCGAGCAGCUACAUGAACUGUUUCAGAACCUGCACCGGAAUGAGGACAUCGAAACGCUGGAACCGUUUCACGCGGGGAACAUCCUGAGGGCCGUGCAGGACGUCAGCUCGACGUUCGAGGGCAACCAGCAGCAGGAUGCGCACGAGUUUCUGAUGUGUGUGCUGGACAGCAUACGGGAGUCGUGCCAGGCGCUGAUUAGGACCAUCACCGAUCAUCCGGAUGUGCUGAUUAGUGCGUGCCCCGCAGUGCCGGAGUGUAUAGAAACGUUAGAACCGCAGCCGAAAAGCAGUACACCGUGGUCCUUCCGCUGGCGGAAGGAUUCGGUGAAAACGUCCAAGUCGACGAGCAACGGAGGCGGUGGAAGCAGUGGAGCUACCACACUGCCAAAGGCCGCAGGAUCUGUCGGUGGCACCGGUGGUGGUGGUGGAGAUGCGUCCGACUCGUUGACCUCCCUCUUUGGCAAGACGUCUUCCGUGGCGGACGAACGCUUGGUGCGGGACCGGCUGCAGGCGCUCGGGUUGGAUUUCUUCCGGGAUGAUUUCGAGGGCGUCACCGUGGCCAAGACCAAGUGUUUGGCGUGCGAAACGUGCACCGAGCAGAAGGAGACCAUGAUCGACAUCGCGAUUCCGAUCGCGUCCAACGAGGUGUCCGAUGCGGCCAAAAAUCCACAACUGUUCUACCAGAACUCCUGCAUCACGCGAGAGUACUUCCGCGGGGACAACAAGUACCGGUGCGAGGAAUGCUGCGGCUACCGGGAAGCCAUCCGGUCGAUUUCGUUCGAGGUGCUCCCCCGGCAGCUAAUUCUCCAGCUGAAGCGCUUCAACGGGGACAUGGAGAAGAUCAACAGCUACAUUCCGACGCCGUUCGUGCUGCGGUGCUUCUGUGAUACGUGUUUGCCAAAGCAGGACUGUGAUAAGCCGCACAUCUACCGGUUGUACAGUGUGAUAACGCAUGUGGGCGCGCGGAUGUCCGUUGGCCACUACAUUGCCUACACCAGUUCGCUCGAUGUGCACGCCGAGUAUCUCGGUUGUGGGAAGGACCGGCGGAAGCAGCUGUUCCUGUCCGGGGGCUCGCUGGAUGGGCUGGCCGGGAGCGGUGUCAGCGGAGGCAGCGUUGGAAGCAUCGCUUCGGCAAAAAGCAACAGCGAGAAGGGGCUGAAGAAGUUCUUCGGCGGGAAGAAGGCCUCCAGUGCGGGUGAUAUGAGCAAGAAGAGCAAAACGAUUGCAGUCAACAAAAUGAUCAACGGGAUAGAGAGUCUCAAUCUAAUCAACGGUUCCAGUACGGGAAGCAACAAUUCGGCCUCAUUCGGUGGUUCGCACUCGGGAAGCAAUAGCCCCAACAGCAACGGGACUCCAACCGGUGCCCUGGCCAGCCGGAUCCCGUGCGCCGGUCUCAAUUGUUGCGGAAUUCAUCCGAAAAAUAGUCAUCUUAGUUUGUACGGUAGCGGUAGUAGUAAUGGCAGUAGUUUUAAUUCGUCUUCUUUGGACGCCACCGCCAACGGGGCACAGUUCCUCCUGGACGGCGGCGGUGGGGUCAACGCGUCGGUCGAAAGUCACAUGAACUACAUCAACUCGAUGGCGAAUGGGCUGUCGACGGGUUCGGGGGCCGGGCCCGGAUCGCCCACAACGCUGGCCGCGUUCGAGCAGAGUCUAAGUCAGCAGCUGUGGCACAUGUGCGACGAUGAUAAGAUCAAAAUCAUGUCCCAGGCUGAGUUCGAGGAGCUUCUGUCGCCGAACCGGAGGCACGUGAUAACGCCAUAUCUGUUGUUCUACGCGCGGUACGAUUUGGCCCCGCAGAAGGAGAUGGACGCGACGGGGUUGAAAGGCGGCAGUGGAGACGGUGGCGGCGGAGGACCUACCUGUAGUGUGAUGAUCGACUAAUGACGGGUUAGCUCACGGGACGGUAGGUGAUCGAUAGGUUUUCGUUGCAAUUCGCGAGGAAUAGUUCUAUAUCUAUCUAUUCAUGUAUAACGGAGAGCGGAGCACGGUUCGGGUUAUAGAUAACAUACUUAUGUUCAUUCAUUGUAUAAGUUUUGAUUCAGUUUCCUGGCAAAUUUUCUUUCGGCAGUGUCAGAUUAAAUUGUUGGUGUUGUAAUUGGUAACAUAAUGAUUGGUUGUUAGCGACAAUACAAUAAAUGUUUUGCUAUCUGAUUCAUGAAAAAGUUCUACACUUCUACAAAUUUGACGUAAGAUUUGUACGAUGAGUACGUUAUUCAUUAUCAGGUUGUUAGUUCUCCAGGAUUUUAUCCGGACUCCCGUUUAGAACAUCUUCAAAAUCCAACAAAAACUGCUCCAGAGAUGCCUUUAUGAAAUUCAAGGAUAUACUUGAGGAUACCUUCAGGAUAUGCUUCAGAGAUUCCUCCUAAGAUUUUUUUAGAAAUUUAUUCAGUAAUACUUUUGAAUAUUUCCCAAGGAAGUCUUCAAAGAUUUUUUCAGGUAUGUCUCCAGAAAAAUGUAAAAAAAUCCGAUUUUUUUGGAGAAAUUUUGGAAUUAUCUUAUCUAUAAGCUUUUUUCUCGAAGAAUCUGAGUAAAAAUUCUUGAAGAAUCAGUUGAAUAGUCCCGUAAUAGUCUCUAAAAGUUUCUAUAGAGUCUGUCGAAUUUUGCAUCAGAUUUGACUGCAUGUGGAAUAAGGAAAAAAGGUAAAAAGUUUUGAGAGAGGAGAUUUCUAAAGUUCCUAUUUUAAAGACACUCAGACGCUAUCAGCCCUAAUUUAUAGACUUUUUCGCAAUUAUUCCCAAGGAAUUCUUUUUCAGAUUCCUCGAGGGAAAACUUCAAGAAUUCUUCUAGUGUCGUCUACAGAGAUUUCUUUGAAAUACUUUCCGGAGCUCCUCCGGGCAUCCCUAUAGAAAGUUUUCUGAAGGUUUUGCACAAGCUUCUCCCUCGCAAAGAAGCAAAGGCAGCACACUGCUCUAGAGUAUUUCACCUAACUCUAGUGAUGUUGAGGAGCAUUAUCAAGCCUGUUUGUCGCUAUAAAAGCUGUCGUAAUAACGAGCUUCGACUGUACUUUGAAUUGAAAGGUGGAAGUGGCAUUUCGAUGAACAUCUGAACGGUGCUGAGAGCAAGACAACGAAGGAAAAACCUGCUGCUUUCUACAGCAGACGAUAUAAACCAUUUUGAGGGAAGUUACAAUCGCCAUUCAACAACGCAAAAGAAAUAAAGCAGCAUGUAUAAGAUAUCAUUGGAGCUUGACGGAAAGAAAGUAGCCAUUUGUCUGCACCGGGUGAUAGGCACAAUCUAGAAAACAACAACUUCUUAUGGGGUUUGAGCACUCCCAAGCGAUCACAAUUUCAUAUUCAGCCUAGAACUGUUCUGCGUGAAUCGUAAGUCAGUCCAGUCUCAUCUGCAUUUCGUCAAAAUUGAGUUGAGUUCAGUUUUCAACACAUUUUCCAAUGCUUUUUCAGCUGCAUUGAUGAGAUAAGCUGCAUUGGUUUGGAAAAAUUAGGAAAAAAACAGCAAGUCAAAUUGUCCCAUAAUGAAAAGUAACCGCAUAUCAGUCCCACUACAUAUUUUCGCUAACACAAAAACGAAGUGUGUCUCGAUUAACUUUAUAUUUUUCCCGGAACUAUAUCGUAGUUAUAACCAGAUUGUGACAGUUUUAUACAGAUUUGAACAUGUUUCAAUCCUCUGGUUUUUUUUGAAUAUUUGUAUGGAAAACGAGUUUGGGAACUUCACAGCCCAUUUUCUCAGUGCCUACUUUUUACAGAUGGGACUGACUUGCGAUUCACGGCUGUGUUAUCCUAGAUCAGACCAAUUCUUUACUGUAAGACAAAUCCUUCUUUAAAGAUGUCAUGAAUAUAAGGUUCCAAUGCAUUUUCUUUUUCAUCGUCUUUGAGGCGGCAAACAACGUGCUGGGCUGGCCACGUUGCACAAAUACCGGAAGAUUUAGCAGAGAACAGAGACACGAGAAAAAUGGAGCCAAUCGAAGAAGAUUCACACCCAUAAAAAACGCUUAUAAGACCAGAAGUUCAGUGCGGGUACGAAACAAGCACUUGGUGCUUUUGAAAGUCGUUUGCUUAUCAUCACUAGACAAAAUUUAAAGAGAUAAGGAUAGAAGCGUUUUAUCGGAUGGAUGUGAAAGGUGAAGGCAGUACUAUGGUAAACAUUUGAACGAAGCUGAAAGACCUCAAAAAUUCAGGACAUCAAAGUAGAUCUCUACUUCGGCACAGCAGUUAGUGUAGACUAUCAGUUUCUAUUUCGUGCCCAGGCUUCGAGGACGUAGAGGAUUGAAUUUGAGUAUAACCGUACUUGUGUCCUCAGCUCAGUUCAAAUCAUCGUUACAAUACUGCGUGCACCUUUCAAUAACACUAUACAUGAACAUUGGAUGAGAUUAUUUUUCAUUUUGUAGUGACAGAACUAGAACAGCUUUACUGGGAAGCUUACCUGAGCAGAUAAAUUACACAUAUUAUGUGCGAGUUUUAUUUUUCUCAAACCCUAGUAUGUAAAAUGGUCGAACAUAGAUGAUUGAUACACUGUUUAAACUGACACUGUCAUAUUCCAUAUUUUCUGUUAUCUACAGUAUUUCUCGAACAAAAUCAAGAAUCGACAUUACAUCAUUUCCAUAAGAUUCAUAAUUACUCAAAAUGGGAAUAGCAAUCAACUGAUAAGUCGAACAUCCCAAUAAAAGAAAGCAUUACCAAAAAAAAAAAAACAAAACAAAAAAACGCAAAACUAGCCGAACUGUAUACAAUACCGCUGCAUACAAAACCUAAACCGGGCUUAAAUAGGAUAAAACCCUUAGUAAAACAGGAAAACGAUUUACAAAUCCAGAAAAAAAAACAAGCGCAAACUUCCACUUUGGGUGAAGCAAAUCAACCUCAAAACUCAUAUUCUGAAAAAAAGCAUAAAUUAAACAC